UUUUAUUUUUUCUUGCAAUCUCCCGCCAUUUUAUAAAAAUAUCACGUGACAUUUUGUUUUGAUAUCGAUGGUGCACGCUUGUUAAUUAACAUGGAUAUACAGGCAAAAGGCAUUAAAGCUGAGCCGUCAUUGACUGGUUCAACACGUACAAUAGAAGAUUAUGUCAUGAACAUUGUGAAGAAUUUAAAGAAUCUGGAAUACUCAUCCCUACUUGAUGUGCACGAAACUCUUCAAAAAAUGAAAACCAGUAUGAAAUCUAAGCAUGAACUGAAUUACUGGAAAGUGUUGCAGUGUCUUGGAGAAAUGUCUGUCGACUAUUUUGUGAGAACUCUUAUCCUAAAUGAGAAAGCGUCCUGUAAGUGCCAUACAUAUUCAAAUCUGUUUUGUCUCAUGCAGCUGUUUGUUCAGUUGCAGGUUAAUGUUGCAGUUAUCAAACGACAGCUGACGUAUAAAGGACAACUAAUCCCUGUGUUCUUUAAAGCACUGAGACAGAAAGAAGAUCCCUCCCUGGUUAGAGAAGGGCUAAUCGGAAUGUAUCGCCUGCUGAUAGUUGGAAGAGGAGAACUUGUAGAAAUCUACAUGAAUAACAGAAUACUAAUGGACUUUCAAGCUCAGAUAAAAUGCCGCUUUUCCAGUGUUGGGAUACAUUCCCUUCAUGCAGUUGCUUAUUGUUCAGAAUUAAUGUAUGUUAUGGCUGUUCAUGGAACUCCCAAGACACGAAGAAUUAUUAAGAAUUCUCCAGCCCUCCGAGUACUGAAAGACUAUUGCACAAAGCUGAAGAAGGAGAUAAAAGAUCAUGAACUACCAGAUAUGUACAAGAUAUUAGACAACCAUGAAUCCAUUAUCGGUGUUGUGACUGACGAAUACGAAGCUGAGGAAAUGGCCGAGACCUGGAAACCCAAAGUGAUAUUAAAGGAGGAAUUAGAAAAUGGUUUUGAAUUUGCUAAAGAUCUGAUUUUCUGUUCUUCCCCAGCCUGCCGCAAACAGUACACAGAAGGGGUUGACAAACAGUUUCGAUAUUGUGGUGCUUGUAGACUUUCAAGGUACUGCAGUGAGGCAUGUCAGAAAGAACACUGGAGAAAAAGCCACAAGACCAGCUGUCUUCAAAAUCCACAGGAAGAACCACUUUGAUUCAAUAAUGAUAUUGUAAACAUACCCAUUCUUUGGUUCAUUUUAAAAGAGAGAAAAUAUUCUCUUCAGUAUAAAACUGCCAAAUGCAAAGCAAAUAUCUGUGUAACAUUUGGUUUGCGUUAUGCAAUAUGUGACACUAUCAGCCAUGCAUAUUUUUAUUUUUUUUAAAUAUGUGUUCUUUUAUUUUACCCUUUUUCUUUUUCUUUUUUUAUGCCGAUAGUUGGAUGAAUUUUACUGGUAUCACUAUAGUAACAAUCAUACAAAAGAUUCAAAUGUAUUAAAACAAAUGCAUAAUCUUUUAACUAGUUAACUCAUCAUUCACCCCGAAAUUUCAUAAUAAACUAAUCCAGCCUUUCAAUUGGAAGAGUUCAAAUGUGUCUUCAGGUGUGAAUGAGUUGAAUCUUGAUCAUUACCCUAAUGUUGUGAAGUGACAUGCAUUUACAUCAUUAAACAAAUAUGCUUCAGAGUAUACGUAUGCUAUCACGAUGUUAAAUAGUAUAUGAACAGUUAAUGGCCAAUAAUGAAUUUGCAAAUUAAUGUUUAUUCAUAUUAGGGGUGUCGCAAUACGACAAAAGUGUAUCACGAUAUAUUGCAAUACAGAUUGAAUGUAUUGCGAUAUGUAUCCCGAUAUAUUGUCAUA